AUCCUCUUAAUCAACGCUUUGCUUUUGUUUCUGAUAGCUGCAUCCCUCUUUACAAUUUCAACUAUAUAUAUGACUAUAUCAUGUCAACCAGAACCAGUUUUGUAGACAGCUUUGCUGAUACAAAAGAUGGCCGCUACAAUCCAAAAAUGGAUCCUGUUAUUCCUGUACAAAACUGGAGAAAAGGAUCUCAGUGGGUUGUAUUGACGAGGAAGCAUGCAGAGGUUGUAGUGAAAGACGAUACAGUGUUUCCUAUGUUUCAGUUGUAUUGUAAGAGGAAGUCAUUACCUGAGUUUUGGCGGGAUCAUCCUGUUCCGGCCGAUAACUCCAAGGAGCACAAUUGCAUUCCAGACGAGCAUUAUGUUCAGACAUUACUGGCUGUAAGAUAAAUUCCUGUUUAACCACUGUGAGCCUGAUUUAUUAAUAGAGUUUAAGUUGGUUUUUCCUCAAUGUUGAAACUGUAC